UCUCCUCUGAGUUCACACCUUACCUCUAUUUCUUUUCUGAUCUUUCCUCCCAAAAAAGAAAUCAAAACCAGAGCCACACACCUUAACACUAGUACUAGUCCAGUAUCAGCAUUCAGCAGUAGCCAGUUCAUUAGUUACAAGAUGUAGCACAUUACCAAUCUGCAUUUGAUGAAGUAAUGGGUCUCCAUAAAUACUUGCUCCUACCUCAUAUCAUAUCUGAUAUCUCUUCUUUAAUUCAACAAACCCUUUCUUUCUCUCUCCACUUCCUUCUUGGGACGAGGAACUGUCCUUCCCGGUAAGAAAGCUCCAACUCCUUUCAUCUCUUUAAUGCUCUGCCUGACCCCUCUUCUACACAUUCAAUUUAAUGACCCUUUUUUUUUCUCCAUCAAUUUCUGUAUAAAUUAAACAUAAAAAGAUUCAAUUUUUCUCUACCAUUGAUGUUGUACUACUGCUUAUGAGACAGCUUUUCUUGCUUCCACGAUUGCUCUUCUUUGACCACUUGUCACUUCUUUAAGCCUCACACUUUCCUUCUCAAGCUAAAGAAUUCAUUUUGAAGGUGUGAAAACUGUGAAAAAACAGUAGAGAAGAUGAGUUUUGGAGGAAUUGGAAUUAGUCCUGGAAAUGUGGCUGUUCAUCAUGGGAGCUACAAUGCUAAAGCUGUUGAAAGAAAGGUGAAAAUUGCAGAAUUGGUGUUAAGAGUUUUGAUAUUAGGGUUAGGUGUUCUUGCAGCUGCUCUUAUUGGGUUUGAUAGUGAGGUUAAGGUCAUCUUCUCCAUCACAAAGAAGGCUAAGUUUACUGACAUGAAGGCUCUUGUGUUCUUGGUGAUUGUUGAUGGGAUAGUUGCUGCUUAUUCUUUGGUGCAAGUAGUGAGAUGUAUUAUGGGAAUGAUCAGAGGAAGUGUUCUUUUUAGCAAACCUCUAGCUUGGAUUAUCUUCUCUGGUGAUCAGGCGAUGGCAUAUUUGACCCUUGCAGCAGUAGCAGCAGCGGCAGAGUCAUCUGUAAUUGGAAAGUUCGGGCAGCCAGAACUGCAAUGGAUGAAGACAUGUGAUUUUUAUGGGAAGUUCUGUAACCAAAUAGGAGAAGGGAUAGCAAGUUCGGUGGUGGUUAGUCUUUGCACACUGGUUCUCUCUUGCAUCUCAGCUUAUAGCCUCUUUCGCUUGUAUGGAGGGAACAAAGGGAAGAGCAACACAAGAUGGUAGAUGGCUAGAAUAGGAAUGUGUAUACAUAUUAUAUAAGCUUCUUCCUGCUGUAGUUCUUAUCAAUGUAAUUGUCACUCGAAAGCAUUUUCUGGUAUGGGAAAUUUUAAAUUUCUGUUGUAGUUGAAAAAUAAUUUAGGAAUUUUUAUGCUCAAGUUUAGGCUUCUCUUAUGUAAUUAAUUAUCUUCAAUUCUCCUUGAUGGAAGAACUGUUCUUAA